AUGCCCGCAACCCUCGUAACGCUCCCUACUGAGCUCCUCAUCCUCAUCAUUCGACUCUCCCUCCCUCCCGACUCCCUCGUCCUCGAUGCCGCCCAGCUCCGGCGUGACGCUCUCCUAGCCAUCUCCUUCGUCAACAAGCGCAUUCGCCAUCUGACGAAGCCUCUCCUUCGCGAGACAGUCAUCCUUCGCUCGACCACCGAAGGCAAGGCAGUGCGAGGCGCCUCGAGAAAGCUGCGCGCCCAGGCUCGAUCGGUCGUGCUCGCCAUCCCACACGAGCCUUCGACGUACUUGGAGAUGACCGGAUUAGCCAUAGUCGAGACGCUCCCGUCAGUCCGACACGCCUCCAUCGCUGGCUACUGGAUCGGGUUUCCGCUUGGAGAGACCAGCCCGCUCCGCCGCCUGAAGACUCUACGCCUUGCCAACAGCAUUUUCAACGUCACGCUGGCGUAUCCUUUGCGAGCAUUCGCACUGUCGCACCUCGCACUUGUCGGCCUCAUCCGCGAGCCGCCUGGCUUCCACGAGUUCAUUCGCCCCGAAAACCUCCCGGCCCUUCGAUACCUUCGCGUUUCCGGAGGAGCAGACGCCGCCAUCGUCUUGUGGGCCGCUGAGCUGCUCGAACAGCUUACCGCAUGCCAGGUCGGCCUUUGUGUAUCUACAGGAUGGAGUCAGUCGCACAGGCGUUACGCGAAAGGCCUUGUGCAGGAGUUCAGCUCCGCCCUCGAUAAGACGCUGUUCGAGUUGACGACGGCCAUCAACGACGAACCUCAGCCGGACAAGAUACGCUACCUCCUUCUUACUGGCCAACGGAGGUCCGAUGCACUCUCGCAGCUUCUGGCCAUGACUCCGUUAGUCCUCACCUCAGUCUUCACCUCGCUCGACGCCAUCUUCAUCCCUCGCCAGUAUCACAACCAAUCCACCGAACCAACCAGCAGCAUUUCCGACGUGUCAGCAGGCGGACUUUUUGGGGAGCUCGAGCGCGCACGCGCAAAAGUCGUUUGGAUCGAGGACUCGGAGGCGGACUUCGUCCUGCCGGACUUUGAGCGGUACCUUGCGGAAAAGGAGCGGGAGGCGGCGUAG